AUGAUCUGCUUCCAUUCCCAGCUCUGUGCCUUAUGGCUGGGUUGUGUGGGCUGGAUUCUAACCUGUGUAGCCCUGGGACUGGUCCAGUGGAGAGUUUGGUUGGUGUAUGACAGCAAAGUAAUCAGUUCAGGAGUAGCCUGGGUUGGUGUGUGGAGGGCAUGCUUCAAUAGCCACACUCUGGUAAGCCCCGGCUUAAUGGUCAGGCACUGCGAAUCCAUCAGCCUGUCGGAUUCGUCCACACCACCUGAGAUCGUGGCGGCUCAAAUCCUCAUGCUCCUGUCCCUGCUAGCAGGCCUGGUGGGGAACGGUGGUGGUUUUUACACCUUGAGGAACGUCUACUUUGGCUUGGAGAAAAAUAUUACCAGGUGCUGCUUGAUCACUGGAGCACUGUUCUUGUCAGCUUCUGGGAUGUCACUCGUGCCCCUCGCAUGGAAUCUGAACUCAGUGAUGGCUAAUCAGACCAUCACAUUCCCCCCUGGCUUCAAGAUGCCUCGAGCCCCUGAUUCUCAGCACGUGGGGUGUGGGAUCUCAGUGGGAAUGGUGGGCAUGCUCCUCAUGGUAUUGUCUGGGUUUAUGUUCUGUCGAUUUGGCUUAUGCCUACCAGUGAAAUUACCAGUGAGGUCACAAUGUGACAUGUCUGUUGAAAAAGAUAACCCAGUGUUUAAUUCUAAUGAACUUUGUUAUGAGACGAAUGAGCAUUAA